CUCUUCUUCAUUUUGGUUUCCCCUUUUCUCGACUGAGAGUGACUCUCUCUUUCUCUGCAAAUUUUUCCCCCUCCUCUCCCGCUCUCUCAAAAAUUGGUAUUGGGUAUUUGGGUUUAUCAUUUUCCAACUUACUCAGUACCCGGAGCCUCAUCCAGCGUGUAAGGGGAUCAAGUCGCAGAGUUGUCAUCGUGCCUGGAGGUGGGAGGGUAUGUGUGGUUUGUUGUCCAUGUUACCCAGAUUUUAACAAAAGCAACAGCGAAAUGCCUAGGUUUUAGCAAACGGAACACACACAGAGAGAUGAGCAGCUCCACGAGGAAGAAGGUGCAGAAGAAGUGCAAGAUCAGAGGCUACACGCUUGAAUUGGAUGCCGUCGACGAGAUCCUCUCCUUUGAAUCCGAAUUCAACAACGACUCUGCUUUGGACGAUCCCGUCGAUAUCCUCCUCGACCUCCUCGUGACCCAGCCCAUAAAAGACAAGGAGACGGUGCACCGCAUUGCUACACGUAUAUUGGGUGCUGAUGCGACCAUCAACGAAACCACCGACAGCGAUGGUGAUGAUGUUAUAAGAGCCUCUGAUUUGCUCAUAGUUGAUGCCUUGAAGGUCCCAAAGUUCCGAUAUGAUCCCAUCAAGAAGGUUUUUUACAAGCAUACUGGGAGCCUACCCAUGCAUGGUGACGCAUUUUCGAAAGCAGCUCUGUAUAAGGAUAGGUUUCUCUUGCUCUCCCAGAUGCUCUCUCGCCAUAAGGAUUUUUCCAAACCAGCCUUUGAUUCUGAAUUGUCAGAUUUCGGACGCUGUGAGAUAUCUCCAAUUCAGUCUCUGAUUGGGCAAACUGGAAGGAGAUGGGUGAUGGGUCUGAUAUCUCAGUUGGAGGAUGGCCAUUUUUACUUGGAAGACCUUUCUGCUUCUGUCGAAAUCAACUUAUCCAAUGCAAAGAUAACUGCAGGAUUUUUUGUAGAGAACACAAUAGUUGUUGCAGAAGGCGAGAUGCUCUUAGAGGGUGUCUUUCAGGUGUUUAAUUGCGGAUUUCCUCCGCUUGAGGGCAGAGAUAAGUCACUCCAAUUUCUUGCAGGACAUGACUCUUUUGGUAGUGGUACACUAACAGAACAGGAGACGCUCAGACUUGCAAAGUUGGAAAGAGAAGCAGUUAAUGGGAAUGUUGUCAUACUGUCUGACAUUUGGCUAGACAAUGAAGAGGCUAUGGGAAAGCUGGAGAGAGUCCUAGAUGCUUUUGAGAAUGAGGACUUUGUACCGUGCUUAUUUGUACUCAUGGGGAAUUUUUGUUCUCAUCCAUGUAAUCUUGGUUUCCACUCCUUCUCCAAUCUCAGGUCGCAGUUUGGCAAGCUAGGGCAAAUGAUUGCUGCCCAUUCACGGCUAAAAGAGGGUAGUUGUUUUCUAUUUAUCCCGGGUCCUGAUGAUGCAGGCCCUUCAACUGUUCUACCAAGGCCUUCUUUACCAAAAUAUUUAAGAGAAGAGCUUCAAAAUCACAUUCCAAAUGCCAUAUUUUCAAGUAAUCCUUGUAGAAUGAAGUUCUGUAGCCAGGAGGUGGUAUUCUUCCGUCAGGAUCUGCUGUACAGAAUGCGCCGUUCAUGUCUGAUGCCCCCUUCUACAGAAGAAACUAAUGAUGACUGUGAGCAUCUGGUUGCUACCAUAACCCAUCAAUGUCAUCUCUGCCCUCUCCCUCUUAUUGUACAACCGAUUAUCUGGAAUUAUGAUCACUCUCUGUACCUCUAUCCAACUCCACAUACGACCUUUGAUUUUCAUGUGCAGAUAGUUUUAGGUGACAGAAGCGAGCAAAAGGCUUUCAAAUACACAGGAAUCACUUGUUUUAAUCCUGGUUCCUUCUCAAGCGAUGGCGCCUUUGUGGUAUACCGUCCUGACAAUCAGGAAGUUGAAUUGUCAUCCUUAUAGUCAGAAUCAUCAAUUGAUGGACAAAAUUAAUUUGUUUUGUUUGUAGUGAAUAUGCAGAUUUCCAUUACUUCCAAAUUUAGAGACAUUUGCAGUUCGCGGUGCUACUUUGUUUUGUUUACUUCUCUUGUUAGGCACAACCAAUUGCAUGUCAUUACUGCGACAGCCCUGAAUACCGUGCCUUGCUUCCUCAGUGUGAUCAUAAUUGCCUACAACAUCAUUUAAAAAUCUUUGACAAGAAAAACGUCCCUUCCUGGAACUCAAACCCGGAGGUUUAGAAAUAUCUAUCUUGAAAAUUUCCUUCUCAGCGUGUUUUUCAUCAUGACCAGCAUUAGUACUAUCACCACUGUUUGAACCAAUUGAAAUUGAAUCCAAAACGAAGGUGUCAUGCAUAUCAGAGUAACCUUUGGUAUACAUCACUGUAACAGCUCACCUGUGUAUGAAUACCCUCCACCUCAUCAAAGAUGGGAAAUCCAGAGUCUUUAAUUAGAAGCUGAUUUUCAUAAUUGCCAACAGAAGGAAUACCAACCUCAUCACUGGAAGAGGCGCAUGUGUUUGGUGUUU